UAGAACUCCUAUUUCCGCGCCAUCUAUCGAUCCUCAUUUUCGCCAUCUGUUUAUCGUCGUCGUCCAAGGAUCGUCGCCUCUGCUACGCCGUGACGCCGUCGCGUUAGCUCAGUGUGCCGCAGAAAACAGAGGGAAAAAAAACAACAUGCGAUAAGUUUUUUGGGGAGUUGUUGCUAUCGGUCUCUCCGAUCAGUUUUUGUUCCAGCGUGCGCGUGUAAACCGUCUGCCGCCUUCUCGAAGAAACACGAUGAUUUCUGUUCCAAACCUCCAGCUGAAGGCGAUCUUCCUCCUUCACCUCCUCCUCUCGUUGUGGCCUCUUCAAGAACGAUGGGCCCCACAAGCGUACCUCUACUACAACCUCGUCUACCUGCUCACUCUGGCAUGGGCCAUUCACCAUAAGGACUCUGAGGAGCCGGUGUUUAUGGCACUGGCUAUAAACCUGGGCUCUAUCAUCAUGGACAUCAUAACACUCGCCAUGAGCUUCCCAUCAACUUUCACAUUUUGUGCCGGCAUGGCCAUUGUUCUGCUGCUGUUUCGACCCAUCUCUAGCAUCCUGCUCUUGAGGAUCUUCAACGAACGGGGGGGCCGUUAUGCAGACCUCGGCAUCCCCAACUUUGGAGGAGCAGUCGGUGGUGGAGGCCUUGGCGGGAGGGGCCAAUACGAUGACAUCGACCAGACGACCACGCAGAGCGUCCCCAAGACGGGCUUGGACACCGGCAGCCCCGGCCACGGCUACUCGAGCGGAGACGGCCUGCCUCCCAGCUAUGGGGCCCCGCCCUACUCGCAGCCCUGAACUCAGAAGCAACACAGUCCCUCUCUUCCCUUCUGUCUUUCCUCAAUUACCGGUACUGCGGUGCUUAGAAGGCGUCUCCGAUUGGUGUGCUUACCGCGUCCUCAAAUUUGGUUCCUCUAUUUCCUCUCGAUGGCAUCGUAGAGGGCUAGGUGUGUACGGAAGAGAUUCGCUCUGCUGGAGGUAGCUAUCCGGCUAGACAGUCCAUGGAAGCUUCGACGGCCGGGCUUUUUGUGCUUUUUGCCGGAACAUCUACUGCCAGCCGUCAGAAUCGCAACAUCCGACAGUGCGACGUCAUUUGUUGCCAAUUCGAGAGCACUUUGGACGCACGAGUGGGACGGCAUGGCAAGCGCACCGGUUGAGGACGCGUUCCCAGCGCCGUACCAGUACCGCCAGUACUGGGUAGCCACUUUCUUUUUUUUUAUCUAGUCAAUUUUUUGGUGGUGUUGUUUGUGCGCUCUUGACCGGGGAUUGGCGGGGGAGUCGUGGCCCUUGGAGAGAAAGGGGCACGCCCUUGGGCAUUCUUGUGCACUGGAUUCAAGUUAUGCGUUCCACUGGCACGCUUGGCAGGCGGUGGUUGAAGGGCGAUAAGGGUUUUGUCGAUCGGCGUAUGUGUCUGCUUUCCGAGACACUGGCACUCAUUCCUGGUUGCAAUUGUCCUGUUCUAUAUUUUUUCUUUUUACAUCUGUGGGUGUAUAACCUUUAUACUUACAAUGCAUUGAAACCUCUAUGAAGUGUCGAGUACUUGGGAAAUAUCUUGGCUGAAGCGAAGUCUGCUUUCUCUCAAUGCUUGUAUGCUUACAACAAGGCAGCUCUCGGGGAUCGAAAAAGAAAGAAUGAAACGUGCCUAAAUCGUGCAGCUUAGAUUGCGGCUAAUGAUUGAUGACAGCACGACUGCUCUUACGAUUUUAAGUCACUGAAAAUUUAACGACAGAAAAUCCUAGCUGCAGUGUCUUUUUUCGUGUUAUUCCGGGGCAUUGAUGAAUGAAUGCGGUGGUAAUGUAGAGGAAGGCAAGUUGAUAUUUUGGAGGCGUGUGGAUAAAGUACACACACAUUCAAGAACAUGCCCAACUGCAAAUUACGUUCCGUUUUAUGUUGCACGUAAUCCCUUGGAAAUUGUGCCGUGCCCGACUGGCAAAACUCGGCAAUGACUCUGUGCAUCUAAGUCACCACCACUCAUCCUGCAGGCAAUCUAAGUUAGGCAAAUCAUGUAAUAAAACUAGGGAAGCUCUUCAAGAAGAGAACUGCAAAAAACGUUUGUGGCAAAAAGAAGUGUUGAUUCUCGUAUUUACCAGAGCUUUCAGCUACAAUGCCAGCAUCGGCUGUUUGGCGCAAAUUGCACAUAUAUCUUGAGCCUUCCAAAGACAUUUUCAACUGCAUUUUCAGCUUGUUGCGAGAUUUUUUUUCCCACAGAUGCAGUUUUUUGGGCAUUCAACCACCUAGGCAUUCCUUCGUUUGUUUUCAUUUGUGAUAACUUUUGCUGCUCUUUUCUUAGGUGCUCGAGCCGACAGUGUGCGGGCGGUGCAGAGCUCUGCGAGCUUUUCCAAAGAUGUGCGUGUGCUUGUGCAGUAUGCCAGAUGAUGUCCUUGAUGGUGCACCGUGUGAUGAUGCUUUCUUGUGCACAUUUCCCUAUCAAGUUCUUGUUUUGCACGACUAUUUUUUACCUCCGACGAGUUUUUGUUUGUUGUUUGCUCUGCUCAUCUUUUUACUUCACUUUUUGAUGCACAUUUACCAUGAUAAUCAAGUACUAUUACGUGUGAUUUUAUAUAUUAAUGUUGACAGGAAAUUGCCUGAAAAGCAGGAAGCCCGAGUAAAUUAAGGCGUUUAUUGAAGAUACCUAGCGAUGUUCAAUAAACUCGUGAUCAUUCUCAGGUUUGAA